CAGUAUAUGUGGAGAUUUGAUCGUGAUGUUAUGUUGUUUCAGUUCGUUACUGUUUGUUUUCCAUGGAGUGAGUGGUAAAUGUUCAGUAACAGAGCCUUAGACAAAAUAAAAGAUUAAUAGACCCCCAAAGAAGCGAGGUUAUAUUAAAUUUUGUAUUCGAAAGCAAUAAAAAUUCUAUCAUUGGCUGAGUAAAAUUUGAAAGCUUCUGUUUAUUUAUAUCAGUUUUCUCUUUAGUGCUUCUGAACUAGUGUAUUGGUUAGAAUAGGCAUGCGAUUUUUUUCCAAUAGAAGUGGUGUGUUAAUUUUAUUAUAAUUUUUAUACGCCAAGUGCUCUAAACGUGUGUAUAAUCGAUUUCUGGUGGUCUGUUUAAGAAAAUUUCAAUUGAGGUGUCAACAGAGAAUUUAUCCGCUUUUUUGUGCAAAGUGUGUGUACUGAAGUGUCAUUAGUGCCACAUCCAGUUGUCCACGGUUUGCAUUAUAUGCCUAUUGUGUAACUACGGCCAGUUUUGGUGUGUCUAAAUAAAAUGAGUUCGGGAUUUAUCUCCGAAGCUGAAUUGGCAGAGCGGCGACGAGCACGCCAAGAAGAGUGGGAUAAAGUAAGAAAACCGGAUGAUCCAGAAGAAGCUCCAGAGGAACAUUAUGAUCCCAGAUCCCUUUUUGAAAGACUGGAAGAGCAGAAGCAAAAAAGAGAUAUGGAAUAUGAAGAAGCACAUAAACUAAAAAACAUGAUCAAAGGAUUGGAUGAUGAUGAGGUGGAAUUUUUGGAUUUGGUUGACCGAACCAAAAUUGAACAGGAGAGACGGAAAUGCAGUGAAGAAGCACGUGAAAUAAAAGAUUUCCGAGAAGCUGUGGCCACUCUGCAAGAAAAGUCAUUGGAACAGAGAAUCAAUACUGAAAUCCGGCAACAAACACGACCUGCAUCUAAUUCUCAACAGACUGGUCUCUCAAGCUUAGGUAGCAGAACUUCUCAAACACGCUUACUGGCUGGUGCUGUUCGUAAGCGACAUGCUGAUAGUCCUACAACUGCUGCAAACCCCAAAAAACCAUGCACAUCUUCUGAUGAAAGUGCAGAUGUUGAACCAAAGACAAAUCAAGAAGCAGAACAAAAUAACAGUCAAGAAUCAAAACAGAAUGAUGUUUUAGAAAGUGAUCCUCAUGAAAAAAGCUCAAGGAAGAGGAAAGAGAGGGAUGACGGAGAGAGCAAUGGCGAAGUGACAAACGGUCCUCCUGUGGGAGGUGCUAUGAGAUGCAUUGGAAUUUUGCCUGGAUUGGGAGUGUAUCAUGAUUCCAGUGACUCAGAACAGAGCUCUGACACAGAUCAAGACAUCCCUUGCACCGCCGGUUAUGACUUGCUAGGGCGAAAAUUACAAUCCGCUACUAAGAAAUCAAGUCAGAGUUCUGAACGAUAAUGAUUAUGAUCAAAAGAUGAUUGAGAGAGUUCCAUAUGAAUGUAAAAUACCCUAAUGUUUUCAGAUUUUGAGCAUGGAAAUCAAGAACCUUUUGCUGUUAAAGGAAAAGUUUCAAUUGACUGUUCUUAACUGAAGUUUUAAGGUUAGCAAACCGUGUUUGAUGUCGGUCAGAGAUGUAUAUCAUCUCUUGUUUACUUGUUUUGUGUCGCAUGUAUUGUAUGAUAAAGUGGCUGUGAAGGUUGUUUUAAGGUGGUGUAUAUACACUAGACAACUCUGUUGUAGUAUGAGUUUUCAAAUUAGAUCAGAUGACUUCACUUUUCUGUUGUUUUGCUUUUCGUUCCAUUUUUCGUUCAUGUUAAAAUGAUUGCAGUCAUUACUAAUUUUUUGUUUUUUCAUUUAAGCAAUGCAGAUUUCAAACAUUUGAAACCAUUUUUCAUAAUGCGAUGCAUUUUGAAAAUUAUAUGUUUUUAAUUUUUUCAUGGAUUUGUUGUUGACCAAGAAAGAACAAUUGUUUUCAUUAAAUUUCUCUAUAUUUUCUGCCUUCUACAUCUGUUUAUUGAAUUUUGUGAGUAAAUACUAUAUUUUUCUACCAAAAUUGUUUUAUCUAGAUUCAUGAUUAUGUAUCUAAUAAAAAAAUUUCAGAAAACUACUUUUUAUUUUGGAGUGUUUAAGAUAUCUAAUGCUAUUGAUGUGAAGAACUCCUGUAGGCAAUUCAAGCAUAUUUUCACAUAGAAAUAGCAUAUUUUUAAAAUUUCAAUUUUAUAGGUGAAAGCUUGUAUAUUGAAUGGUGAAAAGCAAAUUGCUGUUUAUCAUGGGUAGUUGAAAUGAUUUCAGUAAGAAUUGAAACUUUAUUUUUCUUACAAUAUCUUCUUGCUUUUAAUGUAAGGAAUAUUACAUUUCGGUGCCAGUAGCAAAACUCAAUUUUAUCGUAGCCCAAAAAUUGGGUUUCUGAAAUGUAUAUAAUUUUAUUAAUUUUAGUGAAAGCAGUUGUCUGAAGGUGCACAUAAUUAAAUGUAAAUAUUAUUGAGUUUAUUGGUAGGUAAAGAAGCAGUAUUAUGAGAAUGCUGUGAUUUCUAAAUUUUAAUAAAAAGUAAAUAAUGUUGCUACUUUUUGUUAUUUUUCACUUUUAAUGUGCUUGCAUCUAUGUUCUGUGGUAAAUGUCUGGUUCUGGCUGGUUGCUUAAUGUUUUGUGUAGAUGAUUGUAUAAUUGAGAGGAUAAAAUAAAAUAAUUCAUUAGAGACAUUAAAAUUUUGAAUCAUAUAAUUUGUAAUGUAUAUAAAUUUAUGCAUUUUUUAAAAACAUGUUUGAAAAUAAAAUCAGUGGUG